GUGUGUGUACUGUAUGUGUACCUGUGCAUGUACUUCUGCCUGUGCUUGCUGCCUGGUAUAAAUAGCGUGGGAUGUGUGCCGGCCGGUGAUUCUGUGAUAGACGAUGGCUGUACCCGGACCUCCUCUGCUCCUCUUUCUGUCUCUGCUGCUGCCGCUGCUGUUGAGCAAGGCGUCUCUGCCCGCAGCCGCAUACACACUCACCCCCGGACGACAGCCACAGCACAAGCUCCUCCACCUGGACUGGCCCAGAGACUGUGGGAUGGCUCACUUUAAGCCCAACAUGGCUGAGAGGAUUGUGUCUGGGAACGAGGCCAGACCUCACUCCUGGCCCUGGCAAGUCUCCCUGCAGGUUCGUCCCAGGGGAAGUAAACAUUUCAUUCAUGUCUGUGGAGGAACUCUCAUCCACAAAAACUGGGUCCUCACUGCUGCUCACUGCUUCCAGAAGGGUAAAGCUGAGGAUGCUGGGAGCUGGAGGAUCGUCCUGGGGAAGCACCAGCUGAAGCGUUCAGAGACGGCAGAGAGGAUCUUCCCCGUGAAGAGAAUCUACCGACACGAGAACUUCCGCUACCCGGCUCACAGCGAGCUGGACUACGACAUCGCCCUGGUGAAGGCCGCCACAGAUAUCGUCCCUUCGAACUUCAUCCGCUACGCCUGCCUGCCGCGCAAGCAGACCAGCCUCAAUCCAGGACACUACUGCUGGGUCACGGGCUGGGGAGACACCCGGGGUGGGAAGGAGAACGUGUCUCUGGCAGAAGCUCUGAAUCAAGCCCGCCUGCCCAUCAUCGACUUCAAGACCUGCCGGCAGAAGAAAUUCUGGGGCGAUCGUGUCCGAGACUCCAUGAUCUGUGCCGGGUUCAGGGACACCGAGGGCCCACCUGCUGCAUGCCAGGGCGACUCUGGUGGUCCUCUGCUGUGCCAGCUGGGGCGGGACCGCUGGGAGGUGCACGGCGUGGUGAGCUUCGGCCCGAUCGGCUGCACCGUGGAGAACAAACCCAGCGUCUUCACCCGCACCGCCGCCUACAUCCCCUGGAUCGAGGCAACACGCAUCAGGGACUUCUUCCUGCACUGA